GUCGACUGAUUUUACUGGUUGUGUGGAUCCAUUUGAAGAUGAAAUUCAACAACUCGAAUUAAAACUUAAGCCUGAUACUCCAAAAGCUAAUUCUACGCUCGAGGUUAAUGUUUCUGGAUUUUUAGUUAAUGAUAUUGUCGAAGGCGAUGUAUUCGGUUUAUAUAUUCACAAUUUAUUCUCUCAACAACCCGUAUUGGUCCAAGAUAUAGAUAUUUGCAAGGAAGCUAAUGAAUGGUAG